AAGCCCUAGCCUCGCUUCUGCGCGUUUCGCAUUGUGUCUACAACAGCCGGCGAAGCGAAGAAAAAGAUAUUUUUACCGAGAGCCGUAAUGUCGGGCAGGUCGGUGCGCGCGGAGACCCGGAGCAGGGCCAAAGAUGACAUCAAGCGGGUUAUGGCCGCUAUUGAAAAAGUACGAAAAUGGGAGAAAAAAUGGGUGACGGUUGGCGACACGUCUUUGAGAAUCUACAAAUGGGUCCCUGUGAUGGAACCUAAACCUGAUGAUAAGAACAAAAACAAAAAGAAGGGCAAGGAUGAUAAGUACGGUUCGGAAGUGACUACACCAGAAAACAGUUCUUCUCCCGGAAUGAUGGACAUGCACGAUGACAACAGUAACCAGAGCUCCAUCGCUGACUCCUCCCCUUUAAAGCAGGAGACCAGUAACAACACUAGCCCCACCCCUGAACCCAUGGCAACAGCUCAGAAUGACAGCGGCGAAGCCAAAAGCGAGCAGUUUCCCAGUAAACAGCCUUCGUCUGGUCAGGACAGCAAGAUGGGACCAAAUCAUUCUUCAUCAGAGUCCACAACAGCUAAAAGGGAUGGCAAGUCACAGGGAGAGCAAAAACACUUCACAGACACCUCUAAAGCUGCUCAGCAGGAUAUGGAUGAGGGCGCUCCUCCUAGCAAGAAAGGCAAAUUGGACUCCUCCUCAGAAGCCAACUAACCGUCUUUGCCAACUGUUACACUCUAGUGAUCUCCCUUUCGUCUCCCUGUAUGCUUUUGAGUCUUUUUUUUUUCUUUUCUUUUCUUAACUCGAACAUCAAGUCAUACACGUGUAUAUUCAUCAAUUUCAAUUCAUUCACAGACACACACUUAUCACUUACAGUUGCUGUUCAUUUCCAGAGGAGAGGGGCGGGGCUUAAUCUGGACUGUGCGAUUCAGGGGCAGGAGUUUCCGUAGCACUGAUCCUAGAACAGCUUGCUCUGUCAUAACAUCACCAACUUUCAGUUAGUCCUUAUUCUCCACUGCCACUUGAUGUUUCAAAACACAUGAUCUUUUUUUCUUUUGCUCAGGAGGGUCAACACACUGUUAGUUGCGCUGAAAUCGAUCGGUUCUGCUGCUGUAGUUCAGAGAUUUUUUUGGGAAAGUCUAUGAAUAACUAGUAAAAUGGGUGAUUAAGGCGGUGAGUGAAUGGUACUAGUCACAGAUUUAAGUCUGCUGUGAAGACUGUAGCUCGUAGCAUACGUCCUGCUUGGUUGUGUGCCUUGUGAUACUGAAAUAAGCUUGUUUAGAUUUUUCUCGUCUCAAGUUUUUUCUUUUUUUGCGCGGUCUUCUCCCAGUAAACUCCAUUUCCACUAAAGUGCAGUCGUAAAAUGUGAUGCGGUGCAAACAAAGCUUUGAAAUGCAGGUCACCAUUUCAACAGCGCUACAACCUUAGAGAGUGCAUAACAACAAUACUGACCACCAACCCAUCCGAUUCAUCAAGUAUUCGUCUUUCUCUCUGGCAAACGCCUGCCAUCAAGACUCAGCUUGUGUGGCUGUCCGGAAUUGAGGGGAGGGGAGGGGAGGGGAGGGGGAAAGAAAGCGAUGUUCAUUAGACGUUAACAGGCAGGUUACGGAUAGACAGCUGUGCAAAUACCUCACACUCAGUCCAGCAGUGCUGGCGUAUAAACACUAAGUAUGACUUUUAGAGAAACAAAAAAAAAAAAUCACUCGGAUGCGUCUGCUUGCAAAAUAUGUAUAUAUUUAUACGAUAACAUUUUUGUUAUUACACUUGAUUUUUUUCUUUCUUUUUUUUUGCCACAAUAUUUCACCAAAAUAUUGCCUUCUCGUAGUUCAAUCUAUGAACCUUUUAGCGAAAAUGUACUCAUUGGGACCAUUAUUUUUCACUCUGCUUUAGAAAUGUCUUGUACAGAAGUAUGGUUGUGUUUCAUUUAUUUAUUCCACAUGUAGUUUUUGGUUUUAUAAAAAAUAAAUUUCCUUUGAAUAA